CAAUUGAAAGAUAGUAGUGAAGAUUCCACAUCCGAAGCUUCUGAUUCUAAUAUUAAAGGAAAUGUAAUAAAACGUACCAUUCCAAAUAAUGUUAACGAAGGAAUUCCUGUCAUUCAGCAUAAAAAUGAGAUUACCCAAAAAAUUGUAACUGUGGAAGAUUGGGUUCAAGAUGUGAAUCCAAGUGAUGGUGUAAAUAAUGUACUUGAUAGAAUGAAGGAUAGGCAUCGUAUGGAGGCAAGAGCGACACAUUUGUCACCACCGCAACUGCAGCAACAAUUAUAUAGUUAUCCAGAUGAUGAUAGAUAUGAUCGUAACGGAAGAUACGAAAGAGAUCCUCUUGAUCGUAUUCAUGAUGAUUAUCGUGAAAGGGAUGAUUAUAGAUAUCCAAGAGACGAUUAUAGGCAUCCAAGAGACGAUUAUAGGUAUCCAAGAGACGAUUAUAGGUAUCCAAGAGAUGAUCCCAGAUAUCCAAGAGAUGAUCCAAGAAAUCCAAGAGAUGAUCCCAGAUAUCCAAGAGAUGAUCCCAGAUAUCCAAGAGACUAUCCAAAAGAUGAUUAUAGAUAUCCGAGAGAUGAAUAUCGAUAUGUUCAUGAUGAUUCGGAUUAUCACUAUCAUGGGUCUCGUCAAGUUGGAACUGGUGGUCGUAAUGACAAUUUAUAUCCUAUAGAUAAUAAAAUAUCAAGAGAAAAACUUCGAAAUAAUAAUAAUCGUUCAUUUAACAAUGACACUACUACCGUUCGGCGAAACGAUGAUUCACAAUUUAGGAAUAAAACUCCUAGUGUCACUUCUGAUGAUCAUUUACCUAAUAUAAAGCGUUAUCAUGAUAAAUCUUCACAACAAAUACCAUCUAGCAGUCACAAAUCUCCAAAUCCUAAUGUAAAAAUACGCCCUAAUGUGAAUGUAUUUCCUCCCUCCAGAGAUGAUUCGCGUUCUAGACGUUCCUCAAUGUCUUCAAGAAGUGAUGUUAGAGAAAUGGUUUACGAUCGCUCGAGAAUGUUCAAAUCUGAUAAAUAUAGGUCUAGGAAUGAAUCUGAUGAACGUUUAUCAAGAAAGGAUUCUAUAAGGAGUAAAAGAUCUCAUACUUCUUCAAUUUCUUCAAAGUCUAGUUCACUUAGUGAGCGGGUUAAUAAUGAUAUAAUACGUAGAGAACCAAUUAAUAAGCAUUUAGCAUUAUCAACUAAUUUAACCAAUCGUGCAUCAAUUCUUUCUAUAGAUAGUGACAUAGUUCCUUUAGGUAGAAAAUAUGGUAUAAAUGUUUUAAAUGUACCAAACGCAAUUAAUGAAGAUGCUAGCGAUUCACGAUCUACAUCUUCAAAUCGUGAAAGUAUUGCAAGUAGUAGUACUGGUAUCAAAGUAUCUAAUUUAAGACGAAAAAAUAACACCUCAUCUAAGCUUUCUGCGAAGGCUUUAUCUGAUGAUUUACAGGCACGUGUUGGGCAAAAUAAUUCUAACAUGCGUUAUGAACCAGGUUAUGAUUUGCGUCCAGGCCCAAUACCAAGGCAUAAUAAUGGACCCAAUGGGUACCGAGAACGUGAGGAUCCAACUGGUCGAUAUUUUCAUGAUGAACUACCACCACCACCACCGCGAUAUCAAACAUAUCAAUAUCGUGAUGAUCGAUAUCCUUCUAAUAAACAUCUUCCAUAUGAUAUGCCCCGUUCAAAAUAUGGUUAUCCACCGCCUCAACCAACGCCGCCUUCAGAUCCUGCAUUAAACCCCAAUAAAAAAGUACCAUUAAUAGAAAUGGCUGGUUAUCGGUAUGAUCAAACAAAACGUACAGUGAACCAACCAUUUAUGGCAAAAGAUUCUCAUCCUCGGCCAUUUUCGCCAGAAGGCUCACAUAGAGGUGGUUAUUUUCCAAGAGAUCGUGGAUAUUUAUCGCAGGAACGAGAAUAUCUACAAUCUCAGGAAAGAGAUGAAUAUAAUCCAUCUGAUAGAGUUUACUCUUCACGAUUUUAUGAUCGUGGUGAUAGACGUGAGUAUGAUCGUGAACGUGAUGGAUAUGGUGUCGACAGGGAUUUUCACGCCAUGAGAAAACCUGAAAUUGUUGGUUUUUUCGAAAUUUCUUUUCAGAAACAGCUUAUAUAA